GGGGCACUGUUCAUGAUGUGUGUGUGUUUGGGGGGGGGGGGUUCUUUGAGCUCGGGGGUUUCGCCGCCACCGAGCACAGUGGCUUUGAGCCACUGCCUCCCCCCGAUUUGUGCUUUCUCUUGCGCCGCCACUGGGAACCAAGGUUUCCUCUGUCCAUCGCCAGCACCACCAAGGAGCUCCGUCGGGCACGACCUCUUUGAGGCCAACUCCUCCCCUACUCCCCCAACCCGUCGUCGACGGCGUCUCCAUCGACCUCCGUCUCAACCACUUCCCAUCCACCGCCGUCGGCUUCCCACUUGGCCGUGAGAGCCUCGCCAACGCCGACUAGCCGUCGCUGCCUCCUCCCGUAGCCACAGUUGCCGCCGGCAGCCGCUGCCGCCUCCUCCCGCGGCCACAGUCCGGCCGACAGCCGCCAUUGCCUCCUCCCGCAGCCACAGUUACCGCCUGCAGUUGCCACCUCCUCCCGCGGACACAGUCGCGGCCGUCAGUCGCCAUUGCCUCCUCCUGCGACCACAGUUGCUGCCUCCUCCUACGGCCACAGUCGCUGCCGACAGCCGACGUAGCCUACUCUCGCGGCCACAGCUGGCGUCUCUAGUGGACGCCGUCACCUUACGUCGCCUUCAUACUAUUUGUUUGCUCCGACCUUUGAGUCGAGAUGGGGUUUCGGCCGUCGAGUCGUUGUGUGCCACUAUUUGUAUUGCUUGUGAGUUACUUGUAUCAUCCGGCCUGCGAGCCACUAUCAUGUCCGGCCUGCGUGCCGUGUGCCGGCCUGCGUGUCGUUAUCAGAUCCAGCUCCUCAGCUGACUCACAUCCAUCUACUCGUCAGGGCCGCGACGACUCGAUCAGUACCGCGAUCAGCUUACCGAUCCAUCCGAGGGCGCCCCCCGGGGCCAGGGGACCGGGGCAACCCGGUCGCUGGUUACAGGUACUGCUGGCCAGAGGACCUCUGACAACUUGGUAAAUACAGAAGACAGAUCACCAUCGGGUCAUGGAGAUGCGGUCAACAUUCCAGACGCAUCAUACCGGCAGUUCCGUCUUCUCAAAUUCCCGAUAGGAACAUAAUUGGCGACGUCUGUGGGAACGCACCUGAUCUAUAACGUGAAGAUGGGCGUCGCCGGAAAAUUCUGCCAUAUUAAUGACCUUGAUGGGUUUCGAUGAGUAUAUCGUAUUCUCCUCACUCCACGGGUAUUCGGGAGUCGAGAAAUUGAGUCAGAUCCUCUGCUGGUUGGCAGAAACCAGGGGGGAAUCAUUGCUCUUCUUGAUGAAGCUUGCAUGUUACCCAGAUCAACACAUGAAACAUUUGCUCAAAAGCUAUAUCAAUCAUUUAAAAAUAACAAAUGCUUCAGCAAGCCAAAGUUGUCUCGCUCUGAUUUUACAAUUUGUCAUUAUGCUGGUGAUGUUACUUAUCAAACAGAGUUGUCCUUGGAGAAGAACAAAGAUUAUGUUGUCGUUGAGCAUCAGGCUCUCUUGGCUGCCUCUAAAUGUUUUUUUAUUUCGAGCCUUUUUCUGCCUAGCUCCGAGGAUGCAUCAAAACCUUCAAAAUUUUCAUCAAUAGGUUCAAAGUUUAAGGCUGACAUUGAGGAAACCAAGACACAGGAAAAUGAAAAACUGCAAGUGGCCUUGCAGGAAAUGCAACAAAAAUUUGAUGAAAUGAAAGCUUUGCUGGCGAAAGAACGUGAGGUUGCUAAUGUGGCUGUUAAAGAGGUUUCUUUCAUUAAAGAGGUCCCCGUUAGUGACACUGCUCUUCUUGAUAAGCUUAGAGAUGAGAAUGAGAAGCUUAAGGCCUUGGUGAGUUCUCUUAAAGCAAAGAUUGCUGAAACUGAGAAGAAGUAUGAAGAGUCAAUCAUAACUAGUGAACAAAGGCUAAAGAAGGCAAUGGAGGCUGAAUCAGAGAUAGUUGACCUCAAAAAUGCUAUGGAUAGGCUUCAGGAGAAGCUAUCUUCAUUGGAGUCUGAGGCUCAGAUUCUUAGGCAGCGAGCUGUGUUUUCUUCUCCCAUAAAGAGUAUGCAAGAACAUUUGUCAACUCCGAUUACUCCUACUAAACAGUAUUUAGAGACUGAUCAGCAUGAUUUUGAAGAGAUGAAGGUUGCAAAUCUGCAGGUGUCUCAGAGUGCUGGUCAAGCAUUGAGGGACAUAGCAAACUCUGAUGCUAAGCUGAGGAGGUCUUCCAUGGAGAGAAAUCAGGAGAAUUUGGAUGCCCUCAUCAAAUGUGUUUCUAAGAAUAUCGGCUUUAGUCAAGAAAAGCCAGUAGCUGCAUCUACCAUCUACAAAUGUCUUCUGCAUUGGAAAUCAUUUGAAGUGGAGAAAACUAGUGUUUUUGAUCGUCUUAUAGAGAUGUUUGGUUCUGUAAUUGAGGAAGAGGAGAAUAAUAACCAUCUUGCUUACUGGCUAUCAAAUGGUUCUCAUUUGCUGUACCUGUUGCAACAUAAUCUGAAGGUAACUAGUGCUGUUGGGGGUACUCCAAACCGGAAACCUACUGCUCCUACUUCAUUCUUUGGCAGGAUGACUCGAAGCUUCCGCUCCUCAUCACAUGCUCUAGAUGAAUUAUCUGCCGUGCAACAAGUGGAGGCAAAAUACCCUGCUUUACUGUUCAAGCUGCAGCUAACAGCUUAUGUGGAAAAGAUAUAUGGAAUUAUCCGUGAUAAUGUGAAAAAGGAUUUAUUACGCUUGCUAUCGUUGUGUAUCCAGGCCCCUAGAGCAGCAAGUGUUAGUCUGCGUUCAACAUCGGGGCUUCAGGUUCAAUCCAACAAUUGGCAAGCAAUUAUUGAAAGAUUCGAUAAUCUACUUAAUACAUUGCAAGAAAAUUAUGUACUAUUUCAAAAGUCUAGAGUUUCCUUUGAUGAUAUAGUCAAUGAUCUCUGCCCGGUUCUCAGUAGCUACCAGCUUUACCGAAUUGGCACUCAUUACUGGGAUGACAAGUACAACACAAAAAGUGUAUCGGCAGAUGUGCUUUCCAGACUGCGGAGACUAAUGAGCGAAGUCACAAGUGAAGUAAAAAGCAGUUCUUUCUUGCUUGAUGACAACUCCAGCAUUCCCUUCUCGGUCGAUGAGAUAUCAAAUUCUUUGCGAUUAGAGGAGUUCUUGGAAGUAAGACCAGCAGCAGAUCUCCUCGACGACCCUGCCUUCUAUUUCUUACUGCAAUGAGGCUAUAGAAGCUGGAGUCCUUGCAACAUCAAUUCUAUACUGAUAUUUCUUCUUCCAAUUUUGUCCAACCUUCUUUGUGGAUGUUUAUUUCAAUUAUGAAAAGUCAAAUCUAUAAGAUUUUGUCAUGGUCAAUGCAAAUUACAUCAUUUUUUUUU